ACAUGACCACGAUAUUGAAGAUGUAAGAUGUCAUUGUCUAUCGAAAUAUCGAUAUAAUAGCAGCAAUUUCAUUAAUAAAUGUAUGUUGAUGUUGUCUAUGGAUGGCACUGGUUGUAUCCAACAGAAACAUGGCGGACAAGCGAAAAUACAAGCGAUCCAAAGAGGAAAUCGCCCGUGAAUUUGAUCUGCCUGAACGUAAGUCUAAGAUCGCAACAAUCCUUAAACAAGAUGACCAGGCCUACUGCAUAUGUCGUACAUCGGAUUGCUCUAGGUUUAUGAUUGGCUGCGAUGGGUGUGAGGAAUGGUAUCACGGCGACUGCAUUGGAAUCACUGAAAAGGAAGCAAAGCAUAUUAAGCAAUAUUACUGUCAACGGUGCAAGAAAGAGAAUCCUGACCUGCAGACAAUAUUUCGAUUGGUUGCCACAGAACGCGCGGCGGCCACUGCGGCUGCAUCCACUUCUGGUAGCGGUCAGAAUUGUGGCGCCUCAAAUCCGUCUGGUAUUGGUACUGGUAGUGCGGCAAGUACCAGCGGAAAUGCAGCUGCAGGUACUUCGAGUGGUGGUCGCAAAAACAAUAGUGCGGCUAAGGAAACCAAGGCUGUCCGAAGGUGUGGCACAUGCGAAGGUUGCCGGCGACCCAAUUGCAAUCAGUGCGAUGCCUGUCGCACACGGGUUGGCCACAAGCCGCGCUGCAUUUACCGUAACUGUGCGAUACAGUCGGCGCAGCUAGCUAAUCCAGCUCCAACAACGACCGGACGGAAGCGUGAGAAGGCCAAUGCCGUACAGCAGCAGCAGCGGAAAAACAAAGUUGUCCGCUCCGACAGUCCAGAGAUCUUUGUGCAUCCAGAGCUGGAGGGAGUGCGUCAGUGUCAUGGACCCGGUUGCCGUUGUCAGGCUCGACCACAAAGUAAAUACUGCAGCGACAAGUGCGGCUUCAAUCUCGCCACGAAUCGUAUAUUCCAGGUUUUGCCGCAACGACUACAGGAGUGGAAUCUAACGCCAUGCCAUGCGGCUGAAGAGAAUCAGGAGCAGCUCGAGGUGAUACGACAGAAACAAUCAAUGGUGCGUUUCGCUCUAGCCGAGCUGGAGAAGCGAGUCGAGGAGCUCAACAUGGUGGUGGACCGGGCCAAGCGCAGUUCCAUAGACACGCUACGGCCGCAGGACAAUGGCGACGUCGAGGAUGAGCAGAGUAUGUACUGCAUCACAUGCGGCCACGAGAUACAUUCCCGAACUGCCAUCAAGCACAUGGAAAAGUGCUUCAACAAAUAUGAAUCGCAGGCCAGUUUUGGUAGUAUCUUCCAGACCCGAAUGGAGGGCAACAAUAUGUUCUGUGACUUUUACAAUCCGGCAAGUAAAACGUAUUGCAAGCGAUUGCGCGUUCUAUGCCCGGAGCACAGUAAGGAUCCCAAGGUCAAUGAUACGGACGUGUGCGGUGCGCCGCUCGUUAGCAAUGUGUUCAAUCCCACGGGUGAAUUCUGUCGUGCGCCCAAAAAGAAUUGCUUCAAACACUAUGCCUGGGAGAAGAUACGCAGGGCCGAAAUUGAUUUGGAGCGCGUUCGUCAAUGGCUAAAAAUGGAUGACCUAAUGGAGCAGGAACGUCUAUUGCGCCAACAGCUCAGCUCGCGGGCCAAUUUGCUGGGCCUCAUGCUGCACUCCACCUACAAUCACGAGGUCAUGGACGAGCUGGUGCGCAAGCAGCAGGAGCACUUUAUUGAGCUCGAGAAACAGAAGCGGCGACACGGCGUGCACUACCAAGUGCAACACCCACAACAGCAUUUCCAGCUGCUGCAGCAGCAUAAGCUACAACAGAUGCAGCAACAGCCGAUGACGGCGCAGCAAGCUCAGCAAAAACACCAUAAGCUGAUACAAAUGCAGCAGCAACAACAAAAGCUGCUACAAAUUCAGCAACAACAGCAACAGCUG